AUGUCCGUGUUACAAAAAAUAGCCGACAUCGAGCAGGAAAUGGCUCGUACGCAAAAGAAUAAAGCAACCAAUGCUCAUCUUGGGAUCUUGAAAGCGAAGCUUGCAAAGCUUCGGCGUGAGCUGAUUACACCAAAAAGUGGAGGCGGCCCAAAGGAAGAAGGGUUCGAUGUUGCAAAAACCGGUGAUGCUCGAAUUGGAUUUGUUGGAUUUCCUUCCGUUGGUAAAUCGACAUUACUUUCCAACUUGGCUGGAGUUUAUUCGGAGGUGGCCGCUUAUGAGUUUACCACUUUAACAACGGUGCCGGGUGUUAUCAGAUACAAGGGUGCCAAAAUUCAAUUGCUGGAUUUACCUGGUAUUAUCGAAGGAGCCAAAGAUGGAAAGGGUCGUGGUCGUCAAGUCAUUGCAGUGGCGCGGACUUGUUCUCUCAUUCUGAUAGUUUUGGAUGUUUCAAAGCCUUUGCAACACAAACGAUUGAUCGAGUAUGAAUUGGAAGGUUUUGGAAUUCGUUUAAACAAGGAGCCACCAAACAUCGGUUUCAAAAAGAAGGAGAAGGGUGGAAUUAAUUUGACUUCGUUGGUUCCUCAAAGCGAAUUAGAUUUGGACACGGUCAAACAAGUACUUUCCGAGUACAAAAUGCACAAUGCUGAUAUCACACUUCGGUAUGAUGCAACGAUUGAGGACCUAAUUGACGUGGUCGAGGGUAACCGUGUUUACAUACCCUGCAUCUAUGUGCUUAAUAAAAUUGAUGCAAUUUCUGUAGAGGAGCUUGACAUCAUAUACAAAAUUCCGCACUGCGUUCCAAUUUCGGCGCAUCACAAAUGGAACUUCGAUGAUUUGUUGGACAAAAUUUGGCGAUACUUGAAUCUUAUAAGAAUCUAUACCAAGCCCAAAGGACAAUUGCCUGACUACUCCGCCCCUAUUGUUCUGAAUGCCAAUAGCAAAUCGGUUGAUGAUUUGUGCAUAAAAAUUCACAAAUCGCUUCAAAAAGACUUCAAAUGUGCUCUGGUUUGGGGAUCAUCCGCGAAACAUAACCCACAAAAAGUGGGGAAAGAUCAUGAACUCAACGAUGAAGAUGUGGUUCAAGUUGUUAAAAAAAUC